AUGCAAGUUGCACCUGCAAGAGACCUCAAGCCUUGGAGAACAUGUCUAAAACGGCUUGAUAAUUCUCAACUCGAAGCGCUCUAUGCUUACUUUUCUGCUUACAAACAACACUCAACAAAUACAGCUUCUACCUCUUCUACUCCACCACAACAGGAUAAUAGUAUUGAAGGAAAGAGAAUUGUAAUAUUGGAAGUCAUUGAGAGGAAAUUGAGUAGAGGAGAGAGGAUUAGUCUCAUUGAAGAAUUUGUUGAUUACUUUGAACAAAAUGGAACGUGGGAUUCAAUUAAGGAUGAUGUUAUUAUUCUAGAAGCGGAGGAGAGAAGAUUGAGUGGAGGAUUAUCUUUUCGAAGUUCUCUUGAUGGAUUACCAGCAGGUGCUGGAGGAGGUGCUGCCACUGAUGUAACUGGAGGAACACAAGCAACAGCAACCUCAUCAUCCUCUUCUUCAAUGAAUUGCGACUCUAACAGUAAUGUUAUCAUUGAUGAGGUAGCUUAUCAGGUUUUGAAAAGAUUUCCCACACAGCCAUGCUAUCUCACUCCAAAUGUCAUAUUCUAUGCUAUUUUCAUUGCAUCGAUACCAUUGGCAGUGCUUACUGUUGCCAUUUCAACCAUGUUGGUGGCCAAUCUCCAUCCAAUGAAUACUUCAUGGUUUGCAAUGCAACACAGUUUCUUUAAAUUAUCCUUUAAUGUUGUGAAUAGUACGAGUAUAUUCUUCCACUUUCUUAUACCAGCUGAAUUUGCGUAUGGAAGAGCUAUUGUUCACAUUGCUUUUGCUCUUUUGAACAUUUACAUUUUUUGGAAAAUGAUACCAUACUUUAGAAGAAUUGAAAAUUCAUUCUAUUUUGGAGCUAUUACUGGUCGAUUGGGUUGUGCUGUUGGUGUUUUAAUUUCCUCAUUAGUUAAUCCAACAGAUUCCUCUGAAUUGGGUCUUGAAAUGAUGGGAAUGACCUUGGGUAUUAUUCUUUUGUGCUAUCUGGUUGGUUUUAUUACUAUGGAAGUUUACACUCGUUUGGUAUUUAGAUAUGUUAGAGAUGUUUUGGCAAGGAAUUCAGAGAGGGAGAAGGAAGCUGUAAUGAUUUAUCACAUCUUUGAGGAGAAGGAUAGAUUGAGGUUUUUACAAAUGUUUCUUCGAUUUGCAUUGAGAGGUAGUCAUGAUAUUGCAGAUUUGGCAACUUCAUUUGUCAAGUCAGCUGCUGCCUCAAAAUCAUUCAAUGAUCCAGAGUUGUUAAUUCUGGGAGCGAUGCUUGCUGCCUAUAGAUGGGAAGACUAUGGCUAUUCUUAUGCCCAAGUGUUGAUUAGAAGAGCCAACAGAGCCAACAUUCCAUACGCGAUUCGUUUCUAUUUGGCCGAAAGAUCAAGAGAAUUGGAAAUUGACCAAACUAAGGAUAUCAAUUCUGGACACAACUUUGUAGAAAUCAAACAUAUUGUUGAGAAGGUUGAAAAAAAGACAGAAGAGCUCAGAUCUCUACACAAACAUUUUUGGAAGGAGUUAAUUAAUGAAGUUCCUAAUAUGGGCAAGCUGGAUCAAGUUAAUAGAAGAAUGACCUCGCUUUCGAGUGAUAUAGAGACUACCUAUUCUAAUUUAAUGACAAAUUACUCAAGGGAGAGACAAGUGCUCAGAGGAUACGCCACCUUUCUUGAAAACUUCAAAUUCGAUAAGGAUCUAGCUCACGAGCUUGUACAGGAAGUUGCCAAAAUUGAAGAGGAGGAAUCAAUAAGAGUUAAGAGAAAAUCCUCUGGUUUGCACAUUCCCUAUAACAGUAAGAGAAAGUUUGAGUCGUACAGCAUUAGAAAAUCCAUUGAAGAACGUCCUAUACAACCACAAGCAGAUCAAGUUGAUGAUUCAUUUUCUGGAGUGGAAACUCAACGUGAUGUUUCUAAAAAAGAAUCCUUAUUCAGAAAUGCAAUUAGAAAUGGUGGAAAUUCCAAAGUAAUACUUUCUUCACUUGUAAUAUUUGGAUUUUUCACACUUACAUUUUUCCUCUAUUACUUGAUUUUUGGUGUAUAUAUUAGUAUGAACGCUGGUGAGCAUGUUAGUAGUGCUUAUUAUAUGUGUAAACCAUCAACAUCAACCAUUGGUUUGCUGAGAGAAAUAAGAAUGAAACAAAAUCUUAAUCAGGUGAUGACACUAUUUCCAGAAGCAAUAACAAUUUCCCCAAUUAUGGUAAAUAUUUCAUUAGAAGAACACAAGACAAGACUCAGUGAAUAUGAUUCCUUUUUCAAACAAAUUACAAAAGAAGCACAACAAAAUAGAUUUACGAGAGAGCUCUACGAGAUAUUUACCAAACCAGAUAUUACUAUUUUCGUUCCAUCUGUUCCAAAAAAUAGUGGAACUUUGGAUUUUACCACAACAGAUCAGAAAAAUGUUAGUGUAUUCGAAUUAAUUAAUAUUAUUUCUGAAUCAGCUACAUAUUUCAAAAAUUGGAAAGGUGCAGAUUACAACAACACAAUCCAAUCGUUUGAGUUUAUGUACGUUUGGGAUAACAAGUUGAUUGCCAGAAAUUCUUUUGUAAAAUUUUGUGAAUCUGCCAUUGCUGCCAAUUCAGAUGAAACAAACCAAUUUUCCUUUAUAUUGAAUGUUUCUUAUGGUGCUACUGCUGGUGGUUACUUGAUCAUUUCUAUUAUCUAUUUGAUUGUGACAAGAUAUCAAAUGGCAGAAGUUCCCCAUGUUUUGAACAUUUUCAAAAAUAACCUUUCGAAAAAUGUUGUGGGAAAGAUCUAUCAUGAGAUGAAUGAGAAGAAUGACGAUGAUGCCACAACUCACCUUCCAAAAACUUCAUUGACCAGACCUAAUAAUUUAUUCUUUCUUUAUGGAGUUUUGGUUAUAGUAUCAUUGAUACUUGUUGGUGGUCUUAUUCUCAUUGAAUCGAAUGUUAAUUGUACUGAUUCCAUUCAAACUUCACUAAAUAUCAAACAUGGAACAUCUGUUCUCAGAGUUAUUCACAGAGCAAGUUUCAGAGUUGGAGAAUAUUUUGCUUAUUUUGGUCUACCAAAAACCCAUCUCAACAGUGAUUACAUGACCACCACAGCAGAGCUUGAUGGAUUUUUAACAGAUAUCAAAUCCCUGAUGGCUCAAUUGUUUACUGAUUGGACAGCUUUAGUUUACGGUUCUGGUGGAUCUGAUGUUAGUGUUGGUAAAUAUUCAACAAUUGACAGAUUAAUUCAAGGAGUAUCUUCUUGCAGUGAUAAUUCCACAAUGGAUGAUACAGAAUUAGUGGAUUUGUGGAAAAACUGUUAUGGAUUGGAAAGAAUGAUUUCAACCUUUACUACUGACGUUUCCAAACUAAACGAACAGGUAUACAAUCAAAAUUAUGUGAAGAAUUUUGCAAAUUUCUUAAAUGGAUUUUUGGAUAUCUUUGUUCAGACAAAUAUUCUUUCAGACCACUUGAUCAAAUUCUUGGAUUUAUUUGUAGAAAAUUCAUCUUCACCUAAUUUUGAGAUUACUGGUGUAUUUGGUGCAUUGUUUUGCUUGGUUUGCAUCUUUUUGUUCUAUUCAAUGUUUAAUACAUUGCAAAAUAAUCAUGCUCAAUUGAUGUGUUUGAGAAAUAUGUUAAAUUAUGUUCCAGUUGAUGCCUUGGAUUCGAAUGAAGUGGUUAGAAACUUUAUUCUUUACAAUGCCAUUCCAAGUCCAUUCUCCAAGGUCUUUAAGAGUAAGACCGAGAAUCCAACUGAUGAAAACUCAAAGGUGAGAAGUGUUUUGAAUUCUUCUGUUGAGGGAGCCUUCAUUGCAGAUGAAAAUGGUUUUGUAGAGCUGAUUAAUCCAGCAGCUCAAAAUAUUUUCGGAUUCCAACAACAAUCUGAUGUGGUUGGUACUCCUUUCAUUAACAUAUUCGAUACUAAGGAUCAUGAACACAUCAAAAAGAUUAUUCAAACCAUGAAGGAUAGUAUGAAAUUGUCAAAUCACAAAAAUGGAGAAGUUGCUGAGGUGGAUUGUGUAAGAAAGAAUGGAACACAAUUCCCAGCUAUGGUUAAUAUGUUUAUUGUUAUUUUUGAUAAUUCACCUAACUUGGUUUGUUUCUUGAAAGAUGUCACAUCAGAAAAGAAGCAUAAUGCUAUAAUUGCAGAAGAGAAGGCAAAAUCUGAUAGAUUAUUGAGAAAUAUUCUACCAGAGUCUGUUGCUGCUCGUUUGAAAUCGGGUGAUACUUUUAUUGCUGAAAAGUUUGCAGAUAUUACUUGUUUCUUUAGUGAUAUGGUUGGAUUUACAAAUCUAUCAUCAGGAUUGAAUCCAAAUGAAUUGGUAGGCAUGUUGAAUACAAUUGUUAAUGGAUUUGAUGCCUUGACUGAUAAAUAUCAAUUGGAAAAGAUUAAGACUAUUGGAGAUGCCUAUUUCGCUGUUGGUGGUAUUGGAAAUACUCAAUCAGAUCACCCUGAGAGAACUCUUAGAUUUGCAAUUUCAACCUUUGAUGUGAUUAAGGAUUUCAAUAUGAAAAAUCCAAAUACUCAAAUUAAUAUCAGAUGUGGAAUCAAUACUGGUGGUUGUGUUGCUGGUGUAAUUGGUACGAAGAAGUUUGCAUAUGAUUUGUGGGGUGUAAGUUGUCAAUUUAUUUUACUUUUAUUUGAAUGA